AUGGAAAAGUCCAAGGCUUCACGACGAAAGUCUCGCCCGGUUAGUGAGUUGAUAACUCUUUUUGAUCACCAGCAAGCAGAAGAAACUAAAGGCGAACAAUGGAAAAGUGAGAAUGCUUUGAAUUUGAUAAAAUCACCAAAAACUCAUGACAAAGAAAAACCCACAAAAGAGUCGAAUCUCUUUGGGAAUUCGGUGAUGUCAAAGUCUUCAGAUUCUGUGUUCAACUCUGACUUAUCAGCUGAGAAUGACAAGAAACUCGCUCGUGGUGAAGCGCUUGGAAAAACGAGUAUAAUACUUACUCUAAGACCUCAGUCAGGAACAGAAAAGACCAAGGUAUCGAUUUCUUCCAUUGAACCCAAUAACAAGAACAAAAAAUCAAAGAAAAAGCUAGAAGAAAAGGAAGACAGCCCGAUGGAAGUCCCGAACGUUUUACAGGAAGAGAUGCAAGGAAACGACAAAACAGAGGAUGAUGUUCAUGAAGACGAAGCCGUCGAAAACGAUGAAAGUUGUAAUCGCAAAAAAUAUCCAUUGGACGACUCACUUGCUGUGUUACGACGGGAAAUGCAUUCACUUCGCAAACAAGAUGUAGAGCUUAUGACCCAGUUGUUGGCUCUCAACUCAAGCAUUCAGAAAUUCAAAAGCAGCUCAAGCUCAAUCUCCAUGUCGAAUUUUUCCGACAUUUCCGACGCAGAAACAGAUAUCACUGAAAUCGAAGCAAAACCCUCCAUUGCGCAUGCGUGCCACCAGCGCGAGAGUUCAGGGUCGGACGCCAGUGACUUUGAGUCACGUGGGUACGAAAAACAUGGCCGAUCUUCCAAGUACACGAAUGUCAAACGUGACAGCAAUGGCUCGGAUAUAAGCGGUUACUAUAGCAAUGCUUCCCCGUAUGGAAGCAAUCGAUCGCUCAAUGGAUAUGACGUCAACGGAAGUGAUUACCCGUCCACCUCGAUUGUCAUCGGUGAUGAUCUUAGAGCCCAGCAGGUCGUUCACAGAAGACAAAAACAAUGGUGGAACCAAAAUGUUGUGACGGGCAACGCUAGAUCAGGAAGUGACUCGACACUUAGCCAAUGUUUUCCAGAGACUGGGGGAGCUACAUUAUACCCUGCAGUCCAGUCCAGAAACUUCUUUCCUGGAGACGAACGAGUCAAAAGGAUAAGUCUUCAACAGAAAAGAAUCAACAACCGCAGACACUCGGCCAUGGGACCUCAGUCCCUUACCACGAGCCUUACACGAAGUGAAAGUGACCAGUCUAUCAACGGAUGUGACGUAACGAGUAAUCCUAUUUCUGGUAGUCUUCAGAAAUGGCAGCGUUCGCGAAGCAGUUGCGCCUUGAAUAGAGGAUAUGGAGCAUCCUCACCGGUACAGAACACGAUCAAAGUAGACCUCCGUCACAACCCACCAAUGCCAGGUACAGCUAUAGAGCUAGUACUACCGAUACAGCCUUUAGCACCGACUAGACGAAAUUCCGCAGUGCGCAUGGCUGAAAGAAAACCACUGACCAAGCUCAAUACUUUAAGCAAACGGCAGAGUAUGAUUUGGUGA